AUGGCUACCCCCAGUGUCCUCGCGUUUGACGCUGAGGGUCGAGCCAUUGACUUUGACGUCUGGGUAGAUGACCUACAGCUUUUCCUACAGUGCGAUAGGGCAGACGGUCUCUCCCUCUUUGACCUCACUUCUGGUGCCUCUCCUGCCCAUGCUGCUGAUGCUGAUGCCACUGUUCGCUCACAGUGGGCCACACGCGAUGCUGCUGCACGUCUUGCUGUGCGUCGCCACUUGCCAACCUCUGAGCGUGCGCACUUUAGCCAGUACAAGAGUGCUGAGACCUUGUACGACGCUGUAGUUGCACGCUACUCUUCCCGUGCCACUGCUGCACUUAGCCGCCUCAUCGUGCCGUACCUCUUCCCUGACCUCGCAGCUUUUCCCACAGUCGCUGAACUCAUUACGCACCUUCGCACUAGUGACAUUCGCUACCGCGCUGCCCUUCCCGCUGAGUUCUGCGCCAAGAACCCCCCCCCUAUGUACAUCACCCUCUACUACAUAGUCACCCGCCUCCCUGAUACCCUUCGCCCGGUCAGGGACCACUUUCUCUCUGUUUGCCCCUCCACCCUCACCGUUGACCUCCUCAAGGAGCGCCUCCUAGCAGCAAAGAAGAGCAUAGUCGCUGUAGGAGCCUCUCGUGGUGACCUGCGCGCCCCUGUCUUUGAGGGGUGCUCCCCCUCCCCUCUCUUGCCCUCUAUUGCCUCUGCUGUUGCGGCCGACCUCGUUGUGGAGGCGGAGGCGGCGGCGGCGGUGGCGGUGGGAGCGGAGGUGGAGGAGGUGGAGGCGGUGGAGGAGGCGGCGGCGGAGGAGGUGGAGCUGGUUGGGGUGGCGCUGCGCAGAGGGUCGGCUCCGGUGGUGAUCAGCGCCAGCAGCAUUAGCAGCAAUUGA